AUGUGUCAGUGUCAUUUUGACGUCGUGAAGUGAAUUUGGUGUGGAGAAAAAAGUUAAUUUUGUGAUUCAUCCGCGGCCCAGCCACUGAUAUUCGAUACGGAGGCGCAGCGCAGUGGCUAGUGAGGUGUCAGUGAAGUGUUUGGUGCAUCUGAGGGGGCGACGCGAGUGCUCGAGGGCGCGGUGGGUGUGCAGCAGCGAGGGUGGCUGAAGGCGAAAGUGACACCCGACGAGUGUCCAAAAAAGUUCACACACAUCUCUUGCGCUUGUGGGUGCGCCGGGAAUCCUCACUCCCUUGAUUCAUCACUGGCGGUCAUGGAGGCGAUAGCCAAGCACGACUUCAGUGCCACUGCCGACGACGAGCUCAGCUUUCGGAAGAGCCAGAUUCUAAAGAUUUUAAAUAUGGAAGAUGACAUGAACUGGUACAGAGCCGAACUGGAUGGCAAGGAGGGCCUAAUUCCCAGCAAUUAUAUCGAAAUGAAGAAUCACGGCUGGUACUACGGAAGAAUUACGAGAGCUGAUGCGGAAAAGCUGCUAUCAAAUAAGCACGAGGGGGCAUUUUUGAUUAGAAUAAGUGAAUCGAGUCCCGGAGACUUUUCCCUCUCCGUCAAAUGCUCCGAUGGUGUUCAGCACUUUAAGGUGUUGCGCGAUGCGCAAGGCAAGUUCUUCUUGUGGGUCGUCAAAUUCAAUUCCCUGAACGAAUUGGUGGAGUACCAUCGCACGGCCAGCGUGUCCCGUUCUCAAGAUGUCAAACUACGUGAUAUGGUUCCUGAAGAGACACUCGUCCAGGCUCUCUAUGACUUCAUACCGCAGGAAUCGGGCGAGCUGGACUUCAGGCGUGGCGACGUUAUCACAGUGACGGACAGGACGGACGAGCACUGGUGGAGUGGCGAGAUUGGCAAUAGAAAAGGACUCUUCCCAGCUACUUACGUCACUCCCUACCACUCGUAAUGUACGUGAUUGAAUUCUCAUGGCAAAAACGUGUGGCAAAGUCGGGGGAGGGAGAGAGAGAGAGAGCAUAUAUACAAUUUUUAAUGAUUGAGAUGAAAAAAAAUCAACAAAAUCUGGGUCGAGAACAAUUUUUCUUUCUUAUCUUCUUUGAUGGCGAAAAAUACUUUGACUAACACAGACGCGUGAAAAGAAGUAUGAGGGUGGAGGAUAGGAAAAACAAAUAAAAAAAACACUAUCGUGAGUCAUUUGGAGAAGAUGAAAAUAUCAGAUUUUCAGGGGAAAAAUUACCAGAGAAAGACAGAAAGGAGCUUUCUUAUAUGGAUUUAUUUUGAACAAGCUUUCAAAGGACAGUAAAUGAGUUUUGCAUUUAAUUCAAUUUCUCUGACUUUCAUUGCACAAAAAGAAACGCGAUAUAUUGAUAUUCUGUUGAAUUCCAACUUGUCAAUGGGAACAACGUCCAAUUUCUGUUCUUAUUUCAAUAAAUAAUCCACAAUCAAGUCCCAAAUUGUGCUGUAUAAUUAUUUCGAUGGCAGAAAAUAUUUUCCCCGCGCCAGCAAAUAUUUCCUCUUGUAGUUUGUUUAUGUGUCCCAAACUUGAGAGACGUUUUAUUGAUAAGAUUCUUGUCUCGUGAAAUCUAUAUUAAACAAAAAAAUGCAAAUGUAUGAGAAUGAGAACCUAAUUUUGCGCACUGUAUAUAUUGAGAAAUUUUGCAUAAAUUACAUUUCUAUGCUUAAAUAUAAUUAUAAUCUUGAAUGAGAAGGAGGAAAAAGAGAAACAAAAACAAGAGACAAGAAUAUAUUAACACUAACUUGUGCUUUAUAUAAUUUUACGUUAUAAUUUCUAUUCUUAAUGAAUAUAUUAAUAUAGAUUAGCAAUGAUAUGAUGGGAAUAGCAUUGAAGAGAACAAGAAACAGUGACACAGAAAUAAAAGUGAAACUCUUUUUUCAUACAAAUGUACAAGAAAAGACAUCAAAUUGUGUGUUUCCACCUUAUUUAUCACCUCUAUUAUACUCCUCUUCUCGUCUUGUACGUGAAUCUUUUUUCAAUGCUAUGACCAUCAUUGACAUUUCUUAUAUUAAUAGAAUAGUUGAUAUUUUAAAGUGAAGAAAAGUGAAAAAAUAAAUUUUGAAAAUCAACAUUGAUAGAAAGGGAAGAUAAAUAAUUGUGUAGUUUUUCUAUUUAGAAAAGAAUAAAUAAAGAAUAUUUUUUUGGGAGAUUUUCUCGAGAGAAAUGCCAAACAACAGCAAUAUAUGAUGGAAAAAAAAUUCAGUUUCGCCCCACAAUUGAAAGAUAAUAAACCCCUCGAGAAAAUAUGAAAAAAAAUUAUCAAGAUCUGUCCAAAAAAGAAACAUAAGUUUUAGAGAAGAGAAAAUGUGUCCCAUUUUUAGAUGAAAAAACUUCGUAAAAAAAAGCUGCAAAAAUACUGUAAUGCUUCUUUUGAUAUAAAAAAAAGUAUGUAAUUGUACUGAACAUAUAAAUAAUUUUAUAGAGAAGAAAUUAUUUUAAAUCAAAUGAAAGUGUUGGAAUGGAAAGUGAGGUGGCAAAAGAAUAGAGGAAUAAUUUUUCGAAUUAUUGUGCUUCCCCGAGGAGAUGAAGAUGAAGAGUUGGAAAAGCGGAGCUAUUUUGAACAUCCAUCAUUGGAAAAAGAAAGAGUCAGAAAAAGGAGAAUGCGUGAGAGAUGAGAUUUUUCUCAGUCAAAUCUUACAGCAGAAACUCAUUCUUAUUUUAUGUGAGAUUUUUACCGUAAAACAAAACACUGUAAUGCAAAAUGACGAUGGAGGUUUUUAAGAAAAAAAAGGGAUAAGUGAAUAAAUUAUAUAUAAAUAGA